AGAGAAGGGAGGAGUCAUGAAAUAAAAGCCUGGGCAUUCUCUUCUUCCUCACCCUUCUCUUGCUCUUUCUCUCUGCCUGAAACUAUUUGGCAGGACCCCUCAAGGCAGAGGGAAGGAGGAGGAGGAGCUCCAAUAGUCUAUAGCCUCCUCCUGCUCCCUGGUAAAACAUGGAUUCCGACCUCAAAGAGAAGCAGCGGAGGAAGAUGGUGAUCGCCGGCUCCUCCGCCAUCCUCCUCCUCCUUUUGGUGGUCGGUACGGUCGCCACCACCACGUAUCAGGCCGAGGACAAGCCCAAUCCAAACCCCAGCACGAUGCACUCCACCAGCAAGGCCGUGAAGAUGCUCUGCGCCUCCACCGACUACAAGCAGACCUGUGAGACGAGCCUGACCAAGCUCGUAAACACCAGCACACCGGACCCCAAAGAGCUUCUCAAGGCGUCCGUCACGGCGGUGAUCAACGAGAUCAGCGAGUCCUUUUCCCACUCUCGCCUGAUCAAAUCCAACGACAGCCGGGUCCAGGAUGCAAUUAACGAUUGCUGGGAGAUGUACCAGGAUUCCAAGGAGGAUCUCGUGAAGACGCUGGACAAAAUCAUCGAUACCGGCCUCGAGCACCUCCCGGAUCAGACCCUCAACCUGAAGAGCUGGCUGAGCGCCGUCUUCUUCUACCAGGAGACGUGCGUCGACGGGUUCCCGGAGGGUGAGCUCAAGAACAAGAUGAGGAGUGCGAUGAAGACUACAAAGGAGCUGACGAGCAAUGCGCUUGCCAUGGUCGGGCAGGUUUCCGACAUCCUGACGAUGCUCGGCAUCCCGUCAUUCAGUCGCCGCCUCCUGUCGGUGGAGGACCGGCCUGUCAUGAAGCGAGGCUACCCCUCAUGGGUUUCAAAAAGGGAUCGUAGGUUGCUUAAGGAGUACCUCAAGGUCAAGCUCAAGCCCAAUGUGACGGUGGCAAAGGAUGGCAGUGGAAAUUUCAGCACCAUCAAUGAUGCGAUCAGGAAUAUACCACUCAAACAUGAUGGAAGGUAUGUGAUCUACAUCAAGGAGGGGAUCUACAACGAGGCAGUGAAUUUGACAAGCGCAUAUGCCAACAUUACGGUGUACGGUGAUGGGCCAAAGAAGACCAUCGUGACCGGAAACAAGAAUGUCAAAGAUGGCACCAAGACUUCACACACCGCCACAUUCGUUGCUUCUGGAGACGGGUUCAUGGCCAUCGACAUGGGAUUCCACAACACGGCCGGCCCGGAGAAGGAGCAGGCGGUGGCCCUCCGGGUGCAAUCCGACCGAUCCAUCUUCCUCAACUGCCGGAUGGAGGGGUACCAGGACACCCUCUACGCCCAGUCCCACUUCCAGUUCUACCGCGGCUGCGUCAUCACCGGCACCAUCGACUUCGUCUUCGGCGACGCCUCGGCCGUGUUCCAGAACUGCCUCUUCCUCCUCCGGCGGCCCCUCGCCAAGCAGAUGAACAUCGUGACCGCCCACGGCCGCGGCUACAGCCACGAGAGCACCGGCUUCGUCAUCCAGCACUGCAAGAUCAAGGCCGACAAAAGCUUGCACACGGUCGAGAAUCACGAGGUCGAAAACUACCUCGCCCGCCCCUGGAAGGCCUACUCGAGGACCAUCUUCAUGGAGAACCAGCUCAGCAGCUUUAUCCACCCGGCUGGCUACCUGCCGUGGGACAAAGACUUCGCCCUCAACACCCUCUACUACGCCGAAUACAACAACAAGGGCGAGGGCUCCAACGUCACCGACCGUGUGAAGUGGCCGGGCGUCCAUGUCAUCGACAGGAAGACGGCGGAGAAGUACACGGUGGCCAACUUCAUCGAGGGGGAGAGAUGGAUUCCCGGCAGAGGAGCUCCUGCUCAUAUGGAUCUGUACUAUCGCUGAUGGAAAAAUGGGAAGCUGCUUGCCGUCGGAUCAGGCUACUGAGCGCCUGGGAGAGGUGUGUUGUUGGAGUCAGUCAUGUAACAUGAGCGAGCAACUGAAGGUGUAUGAUAUGGUGGGGUUAGCGCCAGGGAAGAGAAACAACUCCACUUCUUUGUAGCCAACAUGGGAGUUGAUUGUUCGCUGCUUUUAAUUUGAUAUGGUUGUGUAUUCUGCCAGUCUUGCUCCAAAUAGCGAGAGUUGUUUAAUCUUGAUAGGUUUCACUUGCCA